UGUCUUGUCUCGCACGCCCCCAGCCCGGCCCUUCCUGUCGCCAUUUUGCGGAUCCGAGGCGGCCCGGAGGCACCGGGCCCGAACCGGCCGCGGGGAGGCGGCUGAGCAGUGUGGAAUAGCUCGUAAUUAACAUUCUCAUUUGCAAAUGCAAUGGAAGAGGACAAGGCUGCAGAGGAGCAGGGUAUCCUACGGCUGAACGUGCGGGGAUGUUUGUACACCGCCAGGCGCCGGUCCCUGUGCCGCUUCAAGGACUCCAUGCUGGCUUCCAUGUUUAGUGGACGCUUUCCUCUAAAAGUGGAUGAGUCUGGAGCCUGUCUAAUUGAUCGAGAUGGAAGCUUGUUUAAAUACCUUUUGGAUUAUCUUCAUGGAGAAGUUCGGAUUCCUGAAGAUGAGCAGAUUCGAAUUGCAUUGCAGGAGGAAGCAGAUUAUUUUGGCAUUCCUUAUCCAUACAGUCUGUCUGACCAUUUGGCCAAUGAAAUGGAGACGUAUUCCUUAAGGUCAAAUGUAGAGCUUAAGAAGGCUUUGUUAGAUUUCUGUGAUUCUUAUGAUUUAGUCUGCACCAAGCCUACAGUUUGGGUCCUGCACUAUCUCAGCACUUCUGGGGCAAGCUGCGAGAGUAAAAUUAUUGGUGUGUAUGCCACAAGAGCUGAUGGGACUGAUGCAAUUAAUAAGGAGCUAGGAACAAAAAUCCAUAGUAAAAGCAUCUACAGAAGAGAAGCUGGAAAUAAUGUCCAAUACAUCUGGAGCUACUACUCUGAAGCUGAACUGAAAAAGAUGAUGGAUGCUUUCGGCACCUGGGAAGGAAGAGGUGUCAGCUACUGGAGAGUGCCCCAGGAGCUCAUUGAAUGCUGGACCCUUGAGGAGCGUUCUCUGAAAGGCAGUUUGCAUCAUAUGCCUCCAGUACAUAAAAGACGCUUAAUUGAUUUCUCUGAAGCAGAAGACUACAUACCUUGCAAAGUGGGUCCCAAGCCAAUUAGGUUCUCAGGUCCCUCAACAAGUACACAUAUCAAAGUGAAGAAUUCAGCUUCAUUAAAGGUAGCUGCGUGCAACACUUCACAUUCUGCAGUAACUCUUAAACGACCGAACAGUGGAAGUCUGGUACUGCACAAAGCAGCUUCUAAAACUGUGUCCACAGCAUGCAUGUCAGAGCCCAGCAAUUCCCAGGUGCUCCAUGGAAAGCAAAGUGCUGAUGACGAAGCUUCAUGUCAAAUGACUUUCAACAUCUCAUUGUCUAGAAAGCCCAUAAGCAGCCGUGCAGUAAAGCUGAAGCGAACUCCACUUUUUCUUGUGACACCAUCUCAGACAUCACCUGUGUCCAGUAAAACAAAUGAACAGGACAGAGCUGCUGUGGAAAUUCCUACUACUUCAAUGGUACUGAACAAGAAAGAAGCAGCCAUGUUAGCAGAGAGUAUUAAGCUUAAGAGUAAUAAAGAGGAUGGAUAACACUGGACUCAGCCUGCAGGCUGUGCAGCUUGAGAACGUCUGGCCUAAGAACAGCUCAUCAACUCAUAUUGUCAGUUAUUCAAGGAUUUGGUAGAAAAUUGUGGUGAGAAAGUCAGUGAAGAGCAGAGGGAGAAAUUAAGAGUAUUUUCUGAUUUUAUUUCUAAGUAUUUUUAGAAGUUGUGAGGAAAAAACAUGACUAAAAAAACCCUAAAAGACAGCGUGUUUAAUAUGGUGUCUCAUUCACAUUUGCGUCAGGCUGUACUACUGACCUUUUAAAAUACAUGCACAGUGUAAGAGACUAAAUGCUUAUCAAAUUUAAUUACAGUUAAUUCCCUUAAUCCAUAUAUUUCAAGUAGGGGAAAAAUAGAAACAGUUAUUAGAUUUGAGUUUUUCACAGGUGUGCAAUAUACUGAGUACUGUAAAGAUUUUAUUUUAAGUUGAAUGCACAAAUACUGGUACUUUCAGUGAAGAGAAGUUUCCAUUUUAUUAUUGAUAGCAAUAAAAGGGACCAUCUUUACACGUACACAGAAAAUUGAUAAAGAGGAAGGACGAGCACGGUUAGGGAGUAGUAAGGCAGUUUUUCCUUAGACCUGGGACAUAUGUACACUAGUUUCCUAGUGGGGAAACACCCUACUGGGGUGCCAUGUGCCACUGGAGCGAAGGCAGUGGUACGGCUUUUGUGUUCUGUACUACGCUGCUGUGGGAUUUUUUGUCCUCACUUUUACUAGGGUGCUUUUUGAGCAUCGACUCUGAAGAGCUCUUGUAUGUUUCUAUCAGCAAAGAAAAGCAGAAUUUGGCUCACCUUUUAAAAAGCCCUUUGGGUUUUUUAAACCAAUGCUGUUUAAGUUUCCCAGAUUUGGCUUCAUUUUAUGCAAUUGUUUGUGUGUGGUUGGGUACUGCUUUGUUGUUGCUCAUGCUUUUGCAACACAGUAAAUACUACUGGCCUUACAUGUUGAGGAGUCCUAUCACACUGCCCAAAUGAAAUGUUCUUAGAAUUUGCUUAAGUCUUCUGUUUUCUAGGUUAUUUAGAAGAAAUCACAUUUUUAGGCUUUUCAUCAUAACUGCAAGGACCUGAAAUUUCAUUUGCAAGGUAAAACAGAGAAACAGCAAAACUUCACGUACUAAUGUACUAUUUAAAGAGACACUUUGCCAUGAAUGAUAGUUAUGUAACGGUGAGCAGUUCUGUAAUUUUCUGCUGUUCACAUGUGUAUUGAAGACCAGCCUAUCUUUAAAAUCUUAAACUACUGCAAUAAGUCUAAAAGGCCACAAUGCCAAGGCUCUCCCUAUUGCUACUCAUUAUAAAAGAGACCACAGUGAGAAGGUUUCUUUGCCCUCGUCAUUUAAUAGCCCCGCUCUAAAGAGUAACAUGCAUCACACCAGUGAACUUUGAUGCUUUUUUCUUUCCCCUCGCAAUCACAGUCAAUUUUCCAGUUGGUUAGUCCUCACUUUCACGCUAUUUCCAAACCAUCCAUGAUAUGGCAUAAUGUAGAAAAGUACUAUUCCAAAUUAAUUUCUAGAAAAUUACUUCUCCGUGAUUAUGUGCCUGUUAUCACCAGGAUGUGUUUCAAAUAGAUGUAAUUCUAUCUGUAUGCUUCAGAGGAUGGAGAACUCAUACUUGCUGUAACCAAGCAGACAUUAUUUCAUCUGCUAGGGGCACAUGUUAACGCUGAUUCCUCAGGGAGACUUCUCAUCAGGCUUGUUUUCAUCUAAAGAGCCAUGGAAACACAAUGCAACCAGAUGAGCUUCUGUGAACUAGGCACUGAAUCAGAGAUGCUUCUCUAUGAAAUACAGCUCAAGUUACUUGUAAGUAAAACAACUGAUGAUUCUCUCAAGACACUGCUGCCUGUUCAUACACUGACUACUCCUAACGAAGCUACCUCUUUCCUUCAAGAUGUUCAUUCACUCCUUUAAACCCACUUAAAUUUUUUAGAUACGAAACAUUACAUAGUACAAAUCUUACUAUGACCAAAGGGAAAUGCAUGAUCCAGGUGGUAUGAUUUUGUCUGUUUAACUCUCAAUCCAUGAAGGACAAAUUCUCACCUGGCAACAAUGGGAGGCCAGUUGUACCAUCAAAAACUUGAGAGUGAAGCUGUCUAUUCCAUAGCUGCAGUUAGAGUGAAAGUGUCACUGGAAGUAAAGCUCUCUAAGGAAGUGAAGGCAAAGCUCCCAAGAGAUCUAGAUUCAUUUUGGGCAACAGCUUUUAGCAGAACAUCAAGCAGCAGAAACAGGCACAGCUGCUGUCACAGACCUUUGCUCUUUUCUGAGUUUCUCAGUACUUCCUGCAGACAUUUCUUUUUGCAGGAAAAAAAUAAAUAAAUAAAUAAAUAGAAAUCUGCCUGCUUAUACCAGCAUUUAUCACUUAGCUGAGUAACACUCUGCAAAUUCACCGGGCCACAUGCAUCAAUAAUUUGACCACUUUCAAAGUUGUCCCUUUCCCAUUUGCAUCUCUGAGCUCAUUCUAGUCUCUGGUACAACAUCCAUGAACAUAUUAGUACAGUUUGUUUAGUUGUUUGCUAUACUAAAACAGCUGUAUAAUCUCAAGUUUCUGGCAAAUUUCUGUUAUAUACUCAGGUAGGUAACUGGCAGUGGUUCUGGAGCAUUUGGCCUUUGGAGCUCACCAUAUCUCCACUACAGUGAUAAGUAAAAGGUACAGUGAAAGUUAAAGGUACAGCUGAUAUAUAAAUUCUUGAUACAACCCAGUCACUGCACGGGGAAACAGACUCACCAUAGGAAAUCCCGUCCAUCCGAGCUCAGACCAGGUUGCUCUCCUACAGCAGCAGGAUCCAGGAAAAUGGUAUAUACAAGAGUACAAGCUUACCCUUUCCAGUAUUAUUAGCUUCAGUUCUACAGCAAUGUUUCCCAUGACUUUAUGUCAUUAAAAAAAAACAAGCAAACAAACAAAAAAAACCCCUUUUUUUCAAAAAAACAUCUUCAAAUCUUUUAAAGUUUUGCUUAAUAAAGCUUGGCUAUGUUGAACUACAUUAUCUUUCUAGUUUUCCAGCCAAAUAUCUGACCCUUCAUUUUGCUGAGUUCUGGCAUUAAUCUCAAUUUGACUGUACAUGAAAGACAAAAAGACUGAACCUGUUUUAAAAUACCAGACCUCCAAAUGUGUUUCCAUUUUCAACAGACAGUGCAAAACACAGUAGGAAUUCCACAUUUCAGUGAUGCAAAAAAACUGUACUUGCUUUGCCAAUGAGGAGGAACUAUUUUAAUCUAAAAAGACUUGCUUAAAAAGCUAAGUUAAGGCUAAAGCUAAGGCUUGUUAUUCUCUCACUGAUCACUAUACAAAACCUGUCCAUUCACUGUAUCAUAUAUAGUUAGAUCUCUAAUUUGAAGAUUCAAAGUUCUGAUUAAUUAAUUCUAUGUAUAGUGAGCAGUAAAACACUCCAAGAAAAUGGCAAAUAAAAUUCUAGCAUAAAGAUAAAAAAAAUAAAGGGAUACCAUUCUGACACAGCUAUGUUUCAGAGCCAGCCAUUUAACACAGUUAAAACGUGUACUGCAAUACUAAAGCAUAUUUGCUGUGUCAAGACCACAGAAUCCGCAGAACCAGCCAAAUCCACACUUCUAUGUCUCAUCAGCGAAUAUGUGUUUGUGUCACAUCCUGGGGAUAAAUGCUGCCUCUCACCUGUUAGUCCUGAUCUGUCACGUACUGAGCCUAAAGCACAGCAAAGAGAAGCUGGUAUCGAAGACUACAAGGUCGUCCUGUUGUGCUGAGUUAUGAUUUAUGUUAGAUUUGAUUUGUUUUGAAGAAGCCUGCUUGUAAGGAAGCUGACUUGUGGAAUAAAAUAACUUCCAAUAAUCCUGUUAAGUGGAAAAGCUAUAAGGAAGGGGUAAAAGUAAAACAUAAAACAGAUACCUCAAAUAUCAUUAGGAAAGGGUACAAGAAGAGAUAAGUAAGUUUCAGAUACUAUGUAAAAGCAGUAUAAUAUUGUUGUGUUGUAACACCCAUACCGGUGCUGCAGUAACAUCUCUAACUGUGAAGUUACAGGUCAAACUGUACAGCAGAAGACAAAUAUUGAAAAUGCAUUUUUUCUGGUGGCCACAGCACUCUGACUCUGGAGUUUCAGCUCCCUUUACUUAAAAGGUUCAGCCCAAAAGCUUGAUAGGCAAUUAACCCAGAUAGGAGAAGGGUUUGCAAUGCUAAAAAAACCAGUGCUUACCUAGGGAUACUUAUUUUAUCACCGCUAUUCCAGAAGAAGAUAAGAUAUUUGCCCUCUAAAACCAGCUUUUACCAUCCCUCACGCGUAGAAAACUAUACAGCUAUCAAGAGAAAUAAUCAAAACUGUUCAUAGAGAGAUUAUUUUAUGAGGGUAUGCAGGAAAUGUGGGAUUCAAUACAAAGAAAGCGUGUCAUCAGCUCACGGAAAUUAGGCAGAGGAAAAUGG